CCGCUCGGUACCGGGAUGGAGCCGGGGCCGGGGACCGGGCGCUGGGACGCGGCCGUCUGCGUCCUGACCGGCGCUUCCCGGGGCUUCGGGCGCAGCCUGGCUCGGCUGCUGGCUCGGCGGCUGGGCUCGGGCUCGGUGUUGCUGCUGCUGGCGCGUUCGGCGGCGCCGUUGGCCGAGCUGGCGGCCGAGCUGCGGGGUGGUGGUACCGGCGGUACCGGGCUGCGGGUGGAGUACGUGGCCGCCGACCUGGGCUGCGAAGAGGGGCUAAGGAGGGCGACGGCUGCUCUGCGGGAGGUGCUGUCCGUCGUCCCGCCCGGCCGCCUGCUUCUCGUCAACAACGCCGGCUCCCUGGGAGACAUCUCCAAAUCCUUCCUCGAUCUCACCGACCCGGAUGAGAUCAACAGCUACUUUGCCUUCAACGUCACCUCGGCGCUUUGCCUCACCUCCACCGCCCUGCAAGCCUUCGGGAAGCGGCCCGGCUCCAGCAGGACGGUGGUGAACAUCUCCUCGCUCUGUGCCGUGAAGCCCUUCAAGAACUGGGCGCUGUAUUGCAGCGGGAAGGCUUCCCGGGAUAUGAUGUUCCAGGUGCUGGCCCUCGAGGAGCCUGAUGUCCGUGUGCUCAACUACGCCCCGGGUCCUCUGGACACGGACAUGCAGCUCUUGGCCCGGACUAAGACUGGAGACCCUGAGAUGCGUCAGUAUUUCCAAAGCCUGCAGGAGAGCGGCCAGCUGAUAGAUUGCACCGUGUCAGCCCAGAAACUGGUGAAUCUCCUGGAGAAGGACACCUUCCCCUCCGGCGCCCACGUGGAUUUCUACGACAUCUGAGUUACUCUAACCUCCACCUUUACCUUCCUGCUUUGCUUUCUGCUGAGCCACGUCUUGGGUGUCUCCAGCAUUUUUGGUGACCUUGUUUGAGUCCUGGGUGCUGUGCAGCUGUCAAGAGAAGACCUCUGGGUGCCUUAUAAAUAUCCCUAGUGCCCCGAUGGGGAUGGGGGGCAGUUACUGCUUCGCUGUGGGCAUUGAGGCCUCCUGGGUACCUGACGGCAGGAGCGGGGAUUUCUCAGCUGCUGGGGCUGGGGGAGCAGAGGUGGCUUUUCCAAGGGAAUGGGCACGGAAUUAUUAAAGCUCUCCUGUGCAGGAGUGUGUGUGAGCCAAGGAGGUGCCAGGGCACGCGAGGCCAGGUCAGAAAGCCAGCCCAGAAGGUCUCAAAGACGCUGACAGUAGGGUUAGAGCUGAGUGUCCCCAUGUCUGUCCCCUUUUCCCUGCAGGAGCUGUGUCCUCAGCACCUGAGCAAGUCACCAAAGGGCAAAAGAGCUAUUCCCGGGGCGGAGGAGGUGGCUGUCACCCCAGAGCCCUGACUGUCUGUCCCCUGUCUCACCAGUGGCUUGUCCAGACUUUUGUGCAGUUCUGGGAUCAUCUCUGUGCAAGUUUUGUGCAUUAAAACGUGGAGCAAAGCCUGUCCCUGUGUGGUUUUUGCACAAAGGCAAUGAAUCACCAGGAGAGGGAGCUGGCCAUAGAGGAGAUGUGAAUUUUGGGUGCCUGGCUGGGGCCACCAGCUUAUGUAAACCUGUGCACAAGCACAGCACGAGUUAGAGCACAUCUGAGACACAGCCCUGAGUUCAUGCUGUGCUCCUGUUCACAGGUUCUGAGUCCAAGCCUGGAUCUGGGGCUUCAGCCCCUCCUGGGUUGUUCUUUUAAUUAUUUGUGGGUUUUUAUCCUUGGUUUUUCAUCAGGUUCCGGGAGGCACAGGCGCUUAUAGACUUGCCCUUCUAGAAAGCAGCUAAUCUGCAGCAUGUGUUGAUGUAAGAGAGCCGCUUUGAAGCAGUGGCAUCCCCUGCGUGCCCUGGAAAUGCCCAGUGUCCCUCUGUGCUCAAUGACAGCAACCUUCCUGCAGUCCUCUAUCUCAACCUGUAUUUCAAAUUUUGUCCACCUGGAUCUACAAUCAGUAAAAGUUUCAUAUCUGG